AUGCACAUGUGGGGGUGUAUAUAUUAUCUUAUUGCUUCAAUAGACCCUGAUGAAGGAAUGUCAUGGACUAGUGGAAAGAAAGAUUUCUUCAAGCAGACAGAUGAUCACUUGUAUGAUCAACAUGAUAACAAAUACGGGGUUAAGUGCACAAGUGCUCGAACAGUUUAUAGAGUUGGUCAACGAAAGGAGAAGGCGCAAGAAGAAAUCUCUGGUUCUCAUGAUAAAUCCGAGAAGGAGAAGAAGAAUAAUGAUUUUGAUACUUCAGUCUCUAAAUCUGUUUGUGCCCACCUGGAAGCUGGUAUUCGAAACAUGCAUAAUUCUUGCUUUAUGAAUGCAAUUUUCCAGGCAUUUAUUCAUACUCCGCACCUGUAUCAUGGUCUUGGUAAUUUCCAGCAUCGUCCAUGUAGUCACAACGGUUUCUGCUUUAUGUGUGCUUUCCAAGACCUCUUUAUCGAAGCCUUGAGUCCUUCUCGAUCCAUAGUUAUUCCUUCCAAACUUUUUGAAAACUUGAAACGUUUCAGGAGUACUUUUGUAAAAGGUCAUCAUGAGGAUCCUCACGAGUUUAUGCAGUCAGCUCUGUAUCAUCUGCGAAAAUACUUCCCAAAUUUCAAUAAUUUAAUCAAUCAAAUAUUUGGGGUCGUUUUUGUUAACAAACUUCAAUGCCAUUGUGGUUGCUUUGCUGAUGAUAAAUUUGGGACGGAGUUUGAGUUGAGUUUAAACAUUACCGUCCCAGAUCGCAUAGAAAACAUUCAAAUGGCUCUGAAUAAUUACUUUGAGAAAGUACGGGUGAAAAGAUAUUGUAGUUUCUGCAAAAAAUAUAACUUCAGUGAUAAAUGGUUGCUGCUUACCGAACCACCUUUAGUUGCUAUAAUUCACUUAAAAAGGUUUGGCAACAAUGAAUGGAAGAUUGCGAAGCCUGUUUCUUUCUCCAUGGAAUUGGACUUGAAGCCAUAUAGUACUGGCAGUGACAAUGUCUCUUGGAAAUAUGAUCUAUAUGCGAUGGUUCAUCAUAAAGGAGAUGUAAUUGCUGAGGGGCAUUUUGUUUGUUAUGUUCGUAGUGAUACAGGUCAAUGGUACUUGAUGGACGACGCUGUGGUAAUUAAAGCUGAUGAAGCAGAAGUCUUAAGCAAAGAAGCAUACCUUUUGUUCUAUUUACGGAAAGAUGGUUCUCAUGAUAAACCCAAGAAGGAGACUAAUUCUAAACCCAAGGAGAAGGAGAAUUAUUUUGGUUCUCGAGUCUCCGAAUUUGUUUGUGCCCACCCGAUAUUUACUUAUACUAUGCCACUGUAUCAUGGUCUUCCUGAUUUACAACAUCCUCGUCCAUGUGGUCACAACGGUUUCUUCUUUUUAUGUGCGUUUCAAGACCUUUUUAUCAAUGCGCUGCAUCCUUCUGGUUCCACAGUUGUUUCUCCUUUAGAGCUUUUUCGAAAAUUGCAACAGUUCAAGCGUACUUUUGUAACGGGUGAUCAUGAGGAUCCUCACGAGUAUAUGUUGUCUGGCUUGAUUCAACUGCAAUCAUACUUCCCAUAUUUCAAUAAUUUAAUCAGACAAAUAUUUGGGGCCGUUAUUGUUUCCAAAGUUCUAUCUCGCUCUUGUCGUUGCUCUGCUGAUGAUGCUGAGGACAUAUCUGUGGAAAAGCUUGACCUGAGUUUAAACAUAAACGGCCCAGAUAACAUAGAUAACAUUCAAAAGGCUCUGGUAUCUUACUUCGAGGUAAAACAGGAGAAAGUAUAUUGUGGGAUCUGCAAAGAAGAAAGAACCGACGAGAAACAGUUUGUGCUUAACGAAGCACCUUUAGUUUCUAUAGUUCACUUACAAAGGUUUGACAGUCAUAACCGGAAGAUUGUGACGCAUGUUGCUUUCUCCAUGGAGUUGGACUUGCAACCUUAUACUAAUGACGCUGACGAUGUCCCUUGGAAAUACGAUCUAUAUGCGAUGGUUGAGCAUAUAGGAGAUUCACCUGAUUCGGGGAAUUGGGUUUUCUAUAUUCGUUCUGCUUCAGGUCAAUGGCUUUUGAUGAAUGACACUGAGGUAACUCAAGUUGAUGAAGAAGUCGUCUUAAGGAAAGAGGCAUGGCUUUUGAUUUAUUUACGGAAAGAGGAUACACCAUCAAGGGAGAAUAAACCAAGGGAGAAUAAACCAGUUGAAGCACAUGGGUCUAGAGGACAGAUGGUGCGUGUUCCUCCUAUCAUCAAGGGACUAAGAAGAUUGUUCAAAAAAAAAAAUCAAGGGACUAAGAAGGAGCAACAAAGAAAGAAAGCGUAACAAAAAAUUUGAUUAAAUAGAGUGAUUUUCACUAGGAGAGGGUGUGGAAUAUGACAGCUCAAGGCCUCUCUCUCUGAGACUCUGAAUUCUGCAUUAUUUCCUUUUUUCCUGUACUGCUCUUGCAGAUUUUCUACUGCACUUUUCCUGCUUUUUCCCUAAAAGGAUUCUGUCCUCUUUUGCUUAAUUUACAUUAAACAAUUCUUGUUCUAUUCACUCAAUUAAUCAUAUCAGUACAAGGUUCCAUCA